AUGGACCAGCUGGACCUGCUGGGGUUCCUCGUAAUCACCCUAAACUGCAAUGUGACCAUGGUGGGGAAGAUCUGGCUUAUCUUCAUGGUGCUGCUGAGGAUGGUGGUGCUCAUCCUGGCCGGGUCACCGGUCUACCAGGACGAGCAGGAGAGGUUCGUGUGCAAUACUCUGCAGCCCGGAUGCGCCAACGUUUGCUACGACAUCUUCGCCCCCGUGUCCCACCUGCGGUUCUGGCUGAUCCAGAGCGUGUCUGUUCUCCUUCCAUCCGCGGUCUUCAGUGUCUACGUGCUGCACAAAGGAGCCGAGCAGGCGGCACGUGGAUCCCGCUGGCUGGGUGAUGACUCGGUGGACCACGACGGCCCCGAACUGACCCCUGGGGCCAGGCGCUGCCUGACGGUGCCGGACUUCUCCUCGGGCUACGUGGUCCACCUCUGCCUCCGGACCCUGACGGAGGCCGCUUUCGGUGCCCUGCAUUACCUCCUCUUCGGAUUCUUGGUCCCCAAGAGAUUCUCGUGCACGCACCCUCCUUGCACCAGCGUGGUGGACUGUUACGUCUCUCGGCCCACGGAGAAGUCCAUCCUGAUGCUUUUCGUCUGGGCGGUCUGCGCGCUGUCCUUUCUGCUCAGUGUCGCCGACCUUGUCUGCAGCGUGCGCUGGAAGACGCGCAGGCGACCCGGCGGGGCCCGGAGGAGGCCGUGUCAAGGGGCGGGGGGUGCGGCGCGGGAGGGACACGGGGCGCACGGGGGACGUGGGGCGCGCGCUCGCCGGGGCCUGCGGACUGGAGGGCAGGGCACGUACAGCCCCGCAGCGGAGCCCACCGUGCCGGGGCACCCGGAGCUGCCAGGGGAGGACGAGAGCGACUCGCUGUCCUCAGCCAGCGACCAGCCGCGCGGGGCCGGGCCAGGAGCGGCGGCCCCGGGGUGGGAGGAGCGCCCGUGCGCGCCGAGCGCCCCGCUCCCGGGCCCCAGCAAGUCCGAGUGGGUGUGAGCGGCCGGCGUCCCGCCCCGGGAGCGAGGCGACCCGGACCGAGAACAUCGACCCGCGGAAAGGGGAGCUCCUCUGCUCUCCUCCGCUCGCCC